AUGGGCGCUGCGGGCCUGCUCUGCGUUUUCUUGGCUGUCAUCGCGCCAGGGGUUCUAGGGAUUUCUUGUGACCCUCCUCCUCCUAUCAAAAAUGGUUGGAAUAGUUAUUCUUCUGGUCCCAUACCUCUUAACACUGUGGUAAGGUACACUUGUUCUAGUGCCUUCCGCCUCAUUGGAGAAAGAAUCCUUUUUUGUAUAAGUAAAGACCAAGUGAAAGGAAUCUGGGAUAAAGCUGCUCCUGUAUGUGAAUAUUAUAAUAGAAAUUCUCUUUGCCCUGAGCCCAUAGUAGCAGGAGGAUACAGAGAUAAAAGAUCUAGACCACCAUACAGACACGGUGAUUCUGUGACAUUCACCUGUGAUACCAACUUUACCAUGAAAGGAAACAAAUCUGUUUGGUGCCAAGCAAAUAAAACCUGGGGGCCAACACCACUACCAAUCUGUGAGAGUGAUUUCCCCCAGGAGUGUCCACCACUUCCAACCAUCCCCAAUGGAUCUCACACAGGGGAGAGGGUUGGCCCCUUUGCCCCAGGAUUAUCUGUGACUUACAGCUGUGAACCUGGUUACUUGCUUGUUGGAGAAAAGACCAUUAGAUGUUUGUCUUCGGGAAAGUGGAGUGCUGUUAUUCCCACAUGUAAAGAAGCACAGUGUGAACCUCCAGGACCAUUUCUCAAUGGACAGAUAAAGGGCCCUCCAAGUCUUCGGGUUGGUGCGACUGUGAACUUUGACUGUAACGAAGGGUAUCGGUUACAAGGCCAACCUUCCAGUCAAUGUGUAAUUGCUGGACAGCGGGCUUCUUGGACCAGGAUGCCAGUAUGCAAAGAAAUUGUUUGCCUGCCACCUCCUUCUAUUCUCAAUGGAAGACAUACAGGCAGCUCUUCGGGGAACUUUCCAUACGGAAGCACAGUUACUUACACCUGUGACCCAGACCCAGAGAAAGGAGUGAGAUAUAUCCUUACCGGGGAGAAGACUAUCCGUUGUAUCACCAAUAGUCAGAAGACUGGAAUCUGGAGUCACCCUGCCCCAAUCUGUGAACUUUCUAGUUCUGCCAUUCAGUGUCCACCUCCCCAGAUCCUAAGAGGCCAAAUAUCAUCUGGGCAGAAAGAGCAAUAUUCCUAUAAUGACACCGUGGUAUUUGCUUGCUCAUAUGGCUUCACCCUGAAGGGCAGCAAGGCAAUCCGAUGUAAUGCCCAAGGCACGUGGGAGCCACCAGCACCAGUCUGUGAAAAGGGGUGCCAAGCCCCUCCUACAGUCCUCAAUGGGCAAAAGGAAGAUGGACACAUGGUCCGCUUUGACCCAGGAACAUCUAUAAAGUACAGCUGUGACCCUGGCUAUGUGCUCGUGGGGAAAGAAUCCAUACGUUGUACCUCUGAGGGGGUGUGGACACCCACUGCCCCCAAAUGCAAAGUGGCGGAGUGUGAACCUAUAGAAAAGCAAGUCUUUAAGAAACCCCAGGAUCAAUUUGUUAGACCAGAUGUUAACUCUUCUUGCGACGAAGGGUACCGGUUAGGGGGGAGUGUUUAUCAGAAGUGCCAAGGAGCGAUUCCUUGGUUUAUGGAGAUUCGUCUUUGUGAAGAAAUCAUCUGCCCACCACCUCCUGCCAUCUACAAUGGGAAACAUACGGGGAGUUCCUCAGGAGAUAUUCUAUAUGGAACCACAGUCACCUACACAUGCAACCCUGCGCCAGAAAGCGGAGUGGAAUUCAACCUCACUGGGGAAAGCACCAUCCGUUGUAUAAGCAAUGACCAAGAGAGGGGCAUCUGGAGUGGGCCUGCCCCUGUCUGUAAACUUUUUCUCCCUGCUGUUCAGUGUCCACCUGCCCAGGUUGCAAAUGGAUACAAGAUAUCUGGCAAGGAUGCCCCAUAUUUCUACAAUGACAGUGUGACAUUCAAGUGUAAUCAUGGAUUUAUUCUGAAGGGCAGCCAUCAGAUUCGUUGCAAAGCCGAUAGCACCUGGGAUCCUGAAAUACCAGUUUGUGAAAAAGGCUGCCAGCCACCUUUUGGGCUCCAGCAUGGUCAGCAUACAGGUGGAAAUAGGGUCCUCUUUGUCUCUGGGAUGACUGUAGACUACACCUGUGACCCUGGCUACUUGCUUGUGGGAAACAAAUCCAUUCACUGUAUGCCUUCAGGAAAUUGGAGUCCUUCUCCCCCUCGGUGUGAAGCACCAUGUCAGCCUGUGAGAGAUUUUCAAGAGCCUCCCAUUCAUUCACAUGUGAUACCAGUCAAUACAUCCUGUCAAGAUGGGUACCGGUUGACAGGACAUACUUAUCAGAAGUGUCAAGAUGCUGAGAAUAGGGUUUGGUUCCAAAAGAUUCCACUUUGUAAAGUAAUUCACUGUCAGCCUCCACCCAUGAUUGACCAUGGAAGGCCCAGGGGCGUGAUGGCAGAACCCUUUCUAUAUGGAAAUGAAGUCUCUUAUGAAUGUGACCAAGGAUUCUCUCUUCUGGGAGAGAAAAAUAUACGAUGCAUAAGUGAUUCUGAAGGACGUGGAUCUUGGACUGGACCUUCCCCAAAGUGCUUAAAAUCUCCGCCUGUGAUUCACUGCCCUAGCCCAGAAGUCAAACAUGGGUACAAGCUCAACAAAACUCGUUCCUCAUAUUCCCACAAUGACACAGUGCAUGUCACCUGCAAUCCUGGCUUCAUCAUGAAUGGCAGUCACGUGAUUAGGUGUCAUACCAAUAACAAAUGGGUGCCAGGUGUACCGACUUGUAUCAAAAAGGCUUCCUUAGGAUGUCAACCUCCACUUAAGAUACCCAACGGGAAUCAUACCGGUGGAGAUAUAGUUCGAUUUUCUCCCGGAAUGUCAAUCCUGUACAGCUGUGACCAAGGCUACCUGCUUGUGGGAGAAGCACUCCUUCUUUGCACACAUGAGGGAAUCUGGAGCCAAUCUGCCCCUUAUUGUAAAGAGGUAAACUGUAGCUCCCCAGAGUAUAUGAAUGGAAUCCAGAAGGGGCUGGAGCCUGGGAAAAUGUAUCAGUAUGGUGCGAUCGUCACUUUGGAGUGUGAAGAGGGUUAUACCCUGGAAGGCAGUCCCCAGAGCCAGUGUCAGGAUGAUCAGGGAUGGAACCCGCCCCUGGCUGUCUGCAAAUCACCGGCUUCACUUGCUCCUCUUCUUAGUGGUCUUUCUGCAGGUUCAUUUCUUCUUGUAUUCUUGAUUGGUGUCACCUUAUGCACAAUAUUAAAAUACAGAGAACGCAAUUAUUCUACAAAUCAAAUCCCUCAAGAAGGAGAUCUUCAUUUAGAAACACGGGAAGUAUAUUCUAUUGAUCCAUACAACCCAGCAAGCUAA